UGAUAGUUAAAGUGGGCCCAUUACAACUUCUCACACAUCGUGACUGGGAUACCGAUGACAUGCAAUCUGUCUAUCCAAAUUCUGCAAGCAUGGCUACCCCGACCGAGAUAAGGCAUGCUUACCGACAUCUGUAUCGAAAUAUUCUCAAGGCAGUGCAAUACACAAUUCCUGCUCGCUUCGUAGCUCGCGAUCAACUCCGGCGGGCCUUUCGCGAGCCAGGUGCCACAUAUGAUGGACGGGGCAUAAAGCGAACCAUAUGGUUUCUCCAGGCGGCAGCGAAAGAGAAAGGAUUGGAGCACAAGAUCUUGAAGAACUUAUUGCGAGUCCGGCAGAUGAGGUACCAGAAACGGGAUUACUCAGCUAAUGAUCCUUUGAAACAUGUAGCACAGGAGAUGAAGGAUGCAAAUAUGACUGCGUAUAAUCAUUAUGAUAUGACAGUCGCUAUGCUUAAUAAAACUAUGGGCAUCUGUCUCCGUUGACACUACUUGAGGCUCCCUCAAGUUUAUGCAAAGAAGAGCAAUCCGGUACACAUACAGACAUACAGACAUCAAGUUUGCAGACAAAGAGGGAACAGAGCCACGGACGUGUAUUUGGCUAUCAAAGGCUUGAGGGGACCAUAGAAGCUCCCCUAGCAGCUCUUUGUUGAGACGAUGAAAGGAACCUGUACAUUAAUGGUACUGGAUACGCAAGACAAAAGGAAUUGUAUGGUUAAUGGCAGAUCUUAGGCGAAACAAACGACAAAUUAUUUGGAUGCGUUCUGACUUGGGAACUUCCAAUUCCCCGAACGGCGAGAGACCUUAAAUAGUACAUGUACAAUACAUUAACAUAAACCGCAAUCCUCACUAGGCUAACCGAAGUCCUCAACGCCUGCA